AAUACCAGGGAGUAUAAAACCUGAUAUAAAGCAUUGGCAUUGAAGAUUUCGGAUGAGUUUAACGUGUCCGCUGCCAUCAUUCGUUGCGGGGACGACGUGUGUUGAUCUGUUCCGGUCACAGUACUACAACUUUCUUUUUACCACACCAUCGUCAUGAAGGCUGACGAUCGACGGCACGUAGCCGAUAACGGGCAGACUCACACUGCAGCACAGACAGUUGUGGAGCAAGCGCAACAGACUCAUAAUCAGGACCAACACGCGUAUCUCCAAUACUCCCCCGUGGAUUUCUCACAUCCUUCUAUGGCCCAGUAUCAACAAGCGAUGGCAACUAGUUCUGCGCACCCUCAGCAGGCUCCGUUUGGAACCGACGAGGUGGAAGAAGUCGAUGAGAACUAUGCGGGAGAGUACGACCCGCAACACCAGCAGCUUCAGAGUACUUCGGAAGCAGCGGGUGACUCAGAUGAGAAUGAAAAUGGGAAAAGGAAAGUUCCAGUCGAUGGUGAAGAACGAGUUGAUGGGGAUGGAAACCUUGCGGGUGAAGGAGAGCGGGCUAAGAAGAAAAGACGGCGUCAGGCGCUCAGUUGUACCGAGUGUAAGCGGAGAAAAAUCAGAUGUGACCGAAGUCAUCCUUGUAGCCCCUGUGCAAGACGAGGAGAUCAGGACAAAUGUCGCUGGACGCUACUUGACCCUAUGUGAGUUUUCACCACAAUCGUCCUCCGAGUCCUCGCUAGAGUUGAUGCUUUUUGCACCGUUUUCCUUGCACCUUCUCUAAGCGUAAUUGGUGACGACACUGACCCAAAUCAUCCUGCUACCACGACCAUACACACUA